CAAUUGCAACACCCAAAACCAUGUCAUGAAGAGACAUCGCGACGAGGAAUACCUUUCAUCACCACCAUCUAGUUCAUUUGUGCAACAGGCUUCUCAGUUGAGUCAGGAUACACCCUCACGGAAUGAGUCGGGAAGGACUUUGAAGCGGGUUCCUCGUAACACUGCGAGUGAGCAGCAGCAGGUUUACUCGAAUACGCUCAACAUGCUAUUCUCGGCGCAGCGGGCUGUAGCACAAAGUCAGAGCGGUCAAAGCGUGGAAGUGAAUGCUGAACACUGCGCGGACUGCGGACAAGCCGUGACGCCGGAGCAAGAGGGCGGGACCCUCUGCGUCAAGUGUGAGAAGCUAGUUUGCUCUGUGUGUUCUGUGUUGCGAUAUCUACCAGAAGCUACGCUACGAGGUUGCUUAGAAUGCGUAACACAUGGUCUAUGACCCCCAUC